UGUCAGCGGCAGAGAGUAGGAGUGUCGCCUCUGCUGAGUUCUCGGGAGCAAGGGGAUUCCGAGAAUAAACAAUUCGUCAGACUCGACUACAGGUCGCAGAGCCUGAUUACUUCGAUCCAAAUCGUUUUGAAACAAAUCUACCGUUUGAUAUUCAUUUUUCAUCAUUAAUGCGCGUUAGAGAAAUGCGACCUUUUAACUGAGACUAUCGGAUGGAUUUCCUCCUGUCGAAUAAUGAUGCGGCUUUUCGGUUGAGUGGGGUCCACUGCCAGCCAGCGGUGUAGACAAACCCAAGCAGAUCCAGUUCAAGGACACCCGCAGGCGAGGCAGCGGCAGCUCUCUCUCUUGUCGUGCCAACGAUGCCACUCAAGGUCCCCCCUCUGAGGUCAAGUGAGCGGAAAGGCACCACGGAGUGAACCGCCCCCAGGCUUCCUGACAGACAGACAUCCGAAACAUCCGCAACCACGGAAUGCAUCAAAAUCACUGUGGUGGUGAAACCUGCUGACUCCUCGUUCCUCGCCGUUCGCUGCAUAAGCUUGGACUCGGGCAUUCUGGGAGCAUCCGGUGUCACAGGCACACAGGAAUGCCAGUGACGGCUGGGUGAGAGCCCCUAAAUGGCUCCGGUCAUGGCCACAGUUUCUUUGUGUUAGUGUCAUUUUCCACUUUGGAGAAGGGAAUACAGUGGAAUACAGUGGAAUACAGUGGAAUCCAGAACCUGCAAAAUACUCUAGAACCUGCCCAUGUGCAUCCUCACCUCUUAUCAAUAUCUGGAAGUUCUGUACCUGAUGACCUAGUGGACCUUGUUAUUCCCAGUAGCAGUGCUGAACCAUACGAGGGGAUCCUAGUAUUGAACAUGACUCAUGGGGAGGAGCCUGGCCCUGAGACACACACGGAUUCAGCUGUUCUAACUUAUCUGGAAGGUUUACUGAUGCAUCCCGUGGCGGCUGGGCCUGGGGCCACGGCAACCCGGAGAUCGGAGGCUCCCCACGGGCACGGCAACCAGAUGGAACAGGUCAACAAGGCGGCCCGGCCCUUCCAGCUGCCCAGCCACAGCCCUGCUAUUGCCGCUGUUCAGAAGGCUGGCAAUGGGAACAGUCCUACACUGCACCACGGGGCCUCCCAGAACCUGAAGAAGGCCCGGCUGCUCCGCUCAGGGCCCUGGAACGAGCCUGGGGCCCAGAGGCUAAGCUCCCCCCCUGUGGAGCUGAAUGGCCAGGGAGGAGGAGGAGGCGGCUUGCAAAACGGGGCCCUGGAGGGCUCUCCUCACGCUGGGGAGAGCACACUGCUUGCCUCCCUGCUCCAGUCAUUCAGCUCCAGACUGCAGAGUGUGGCCAUGUCGCAGCAGUCCACCAAACCCCCCAGCGAGCACUCCCCGCCCACCGAUCCCCCUCCUCCUGCAGACAAGGAGCAGCUCCCCUGCUACGGAAUGGCCUCCAGCCGCCUCAAGGGCCUGAUGAGGAAGACCAAGCUGCAGAACCACAGCAGCACGCCUUACAGCCGGCGAGGCCACGGCCACAGCCAGGAAAGGUCCUGUGAGUCCCCCCGCUCGGUGCAGAGCAGCACGCCUCCCUCCGCCCCCACUGUUGCUGCUGCUGCCACUGAUGCUUUGUCCUGUGCUGAACGGCUCAAAGCUGUGGCCAACCUGGUGAAGAUCCGCUCCAGCCCUGCCCCCUCUCCCAAGCCCAGUGUGGCCUGCAGUCAGCUGGCUCUUCUGCUGUCCAGUGAGGCCCACCUGCAGCAGUAUUCCCGGGAGCACGCCCUCAAGGCCCAGCUCUCUGGACGCUCAGCCAGCGAGAGGCUGGCCGCCAUGGCAACGCAACAGACCCAGGACAAGAGACCGCCCAGCACAGAAGAUGCUCCGCCCACCAGCGCCACCACCACCACCCUAGACGUGCUAAGCUCCUUAACCUCCCAAAAUGGGACAACGACAGCAACACUCCCCCAACUGGCACUAAACUCCAGCUCCAGCCAGCAGAGCUCCUCCUCUCUGCUGCCAGUCCACAGCUCACCACACCCAACCCCCCCUCCUCUGUCCCUCACCCCCAACACCCAGACCCAACCCCAAACCCCCACUAGGGAAAAACGGGGAUUUGAUUUGCGCGCCACCAGGCCCCCCCAGACCUGCAGCAGCCUGCUCCUGCUGCUCCUCAACAACCACAACAACCAGAAGCAGCUGACUAAGAACGGGCACCUUGAGGACGACUGUGGGGUCCUGCCUGCCAGCCGCGGCUCCUCAGUUACUUCUGACAGUGAGUGCUCUGUCCAGGAGAAAAGCCUGGCCAAGAGAGAGGAGAGCUGCAGCGAUGCAGAGAUCUCCUUCUCCAGCUGCUCUCCUAUUGACCUCUCUAUGAGGAGCAGGGCUAGCACCAGAGCUCCAGAGACCAGGCCUAAAGCCACCUCCUCCUCCACGUCUGCUUCUUACUCCUCUUCUACUGCGUUCUCCUCUGCCCCCACUGUCUUUUCCUCUUCCACUACCACUUUCUCUUCCUCCUCUACUGUUCACUCCUCUUCCUCCACCACUUUCUGUUCCUCCUCGUCAUCGUCCUUAGACAAACUUACUGAGUCCCUUCUAAACAAGUGGAAGCCGGAUCCCUCCGGGCCGAAGGUCACCCAGGUUAAGAAGGAGCUUGAAAUGAGCCCAGACCUUAAAUCCCAGCCCAAGGUCACUCUCAUGCAGCUCCUUCUGGAGCGCAGGAAUAACGACAAGGUAAACAAAAUUGUGGUUAAUCCAGAUUUGCAGCAUGACACAACUCUGUCCAGUCUGUCACGGGUCCCACUUAAAUCACUGGCCCCCUGGGAAGAAGUCAGGAUACAGAGCCCUCUGGACAGACCAGGCCCAGCCCUUCCCAUGUACUCUCUCAGCCGAGACCCCAGCAGCACCCCGUCCCCGUUCUCUUACCCCUCUCCCUAUGUCCAGUCUAGCCCUCUGGAUCUAUGUAAGUCCAAACCCUUCCCUGUUGAGAAAGCUGCAACUGAGCCGGCGUUCAGCGCCAGCAAACUGUUACAGAACCUGGCCCAAUGCGGCACCGCCUCACCCUCCCCGCCCAUGGUUCCCAGCAAAGUACCCAGCCAGGAUCUGGAGAUGGGUGGUGGCAGGCCUCUGGCCCUGCUGGAGAGGCUCAACGCCCCCAUCCAGAGGAACACAACAUGUACCCCCCUCUCAGACGGGCCCUCAGGCAGUGGCACACCGUCGUUCAGCCGUUGGGGGGAAGUGUCGCCCCCAGCAUCCCAGAUCGAGAAUCUUCUAGAGCGUCGCACGGUGCUGCAGCUCCUGCUGGGAGCAGGUUCCUCCUCUACCUCCUCCGUGGCCUCAGCCACCCACAGAGACUGGUCUGGUGGGAGGGGCAGUGUGGAGACGGUGGCAGGGGGCUGCUAUGAGAAGCCCGGCACUUCUGUCAUCUGUGACAACUCCAACGGGCCUACGGCAGCAGACGUCAAGGUCAAAACUGAACCGGGGGAGGAGGGCCUGGACCUGUUGUCCUCUGCUGUGUGUGAGGAUGUGACGAGCCAAAAGAGACGGGGAGGAGGAGCAGGGUAUAACUACAGGCAUAACCCAUUCUCUGAACCCCAGCAGGACCUAAAAACAGAGCCCCGGCCCACAGAAGUCAUUGCUAAAUAUGGCCUCCUGAGCCAGCUCUUAAAACAGCAGAGCGCUACCUACUACACCAGCGCUGCACAACUGCAAACAGAACGCCGGCCCAGCCCUGUCCAUGUAAAGGAGGAGCAGAGAGACUACCACCACCAGGGGCCCAGCCCUAAAAAGAUACGUCUCUGCACGGAGCUGGCUGAGAGCCUGAACAAUGGCAGCCCUCAGCGGACAUUGGUGGACAGUGGAGGCAGCUACAGCUACAGCAGCCUGGUCCAUAAGCAGAUACAGGAGGAGCCUGACUACCACAAGGCCCUGAGGGGCCCUAAAGUGGAAGAGACCCCAGCCAGGAGCCCCAGCAGUGAAGCUCUCCUCCCUAGGGAGAGCCGGGGCUUCAAUGUGCUCAAACAGCUGCUCUUGUCUGACAACUGUCUGAAGGAGCUGUCCCAGCAUCCCCGGGGGGGACCCAGCCCCUCUGUCCUGCAGGCCAACGGUAAAGCCAAUGGGAGCGUCCUUAACCUCAAUCAGCCGGGCUACAAUCACCACAACCUCCUCAACCUCCCUACCCUGCCCUGGCACCACCCCAACCCCCAUAACUCCCUCAGUUCAGGGCCUCCCACCCACCUCAGACCGCAGCCAACAACCCCCCAAACAGGGGACAGCAGCCAACGCUCCCCCUGGGGGCGCCACACUGCCCUCCCACCCCACCAGGACUCGCCCAAACGGGACCCCACUCCAGUGAAACGGGAGCCGGAGAGUCCGGGGCGGUGGGCAGGUCGGGACCGGGAGGAGGAGGGCUCUGAUUCGAGCCCAGACUCCCCCCGGCUGACCCGCUCCAACCCCAUCCUAUACUACAUGCUGCAGAAAGGCAGCGCUCAGCUGAGGAGGGAGGGGAGGGACCAGGCAGAGGGGACCCAGGGGUCAGUGCCAGGGGGGGUGAGGGUGAAGGAGGAGCCGGGUACUAACAGCAAUGAUGCCUACAACCACAGACUGAGCUCCACCACCACCUCCACCCAGCACUCCUCCCUGUCCCCUCCCUACAACAACGACAAGCACAGUCACAAGAACUAUAGGCUGAGUGACUCAUCUGAUAAAUGGUAGUUUUAUGAACAAAUUACUUUUAUGAACUAAAACAUAAAAAAGACACAAGGGGGAAAAGAUCGCAAUGUUUCUUUUUUUCUUCCUUUUUUUUACUGACUUGCCAAAUUCAUUUGUAGUUUAAUGAGAAGUAACAGCAUGUAAUGCAGGAGUGAGAAUUUUGAAAGAGAAGAACAGAGGAAAUGAGUUCAAGGCAUUCGUUUCAUUAUUGUAUCAUAAUUCUAGAUGGCUCAGGUUACAGGAUGGGUGGUACGAUAUAGCUCUACUUCAACAGAAUGUCAAAUUAUGUGCACCAAAAUAAUCGUCAAAUUUUAACGUUGCCCACUGGUGAUUUCCAUACAGUAUGUAUUUCACAUUCUCAAAUGAUUGAAAGAAGGCACCAUUCAUUUUACUCCAAUGAUUUGUGCCUGUAUUGCACACAUAUCACUAUUCUGUGUCCUCUUUGUUGCUACUCGUAAAACAUUGAUGAAGAACAUUUCCAGCUACAUUUAUUAUUGAUGACUCCAAAAAUGUUAGCGCUCAGUUCACUGUAUAUUUAUUUAUAUUUUAGAUUAACAGAGAACAUCACUUUUAGAUCAGACUCUAAAUAAAGUCAUACCGGGGCAAGCACAGCAGUACAUUAAAAUGUACACGUUAGAGACAUUUUUAAAGGAAAACCUUGUGAACAAUGUUAAUCAGAUCCACUAAAGGUACCUAGAGUUCCAUUCUGUUUGAAUGCUCUGUAUUGGUUGCUACUGUAACUUCUCCUCAAGUGUGAUAUAAUUUUUUUGAUCAUCAGUGAGUCAGCUGUCAACUGAUAGACUGGGCUCAUGUGGUCACAACGCAUUGCAUUUUGCUUUGAUUUGGAAUGAACUUGUUGGGGCUUCGUUUUGACAGUGCAAAUGCAAGGUAACAUUGUCUUAAUAGAUGGUAAUACAACGGGUAAUACAGCUAUUACUAAAUAGUAGUAGUAGAGGGUGUUUUAAAACCUUGCCGAGCCUACCUUUGGGGGGGUAUACAGGUUCGGCACAACAGUUAAAAGACUGCAUUGUCUGUAUGACUGUUACAUUCCAAAUGAAUUCUAAAUUAACACCGCUCUCUCAGACAUACUUCAUCUUGAUUUUGAAAUAUAAAUGAAUAUUCUGAAAUAAAUAAUACAGUCUCAUUUGAUAUUGUACCCCUGAGUUUGCACUGUCAAAGUUUAGCUCUUGGUGACCUUAAAAAUAAUAUGUUUAUGGCAUGUAAUGAAAAACUGUCAGUGUUGUUAUCCGUUGAGAAUUUGACAGUUUGUGAAGCUUAUUUUGUGUUUCUUGAUUCUCGUGCUUUAUGGACACCAUUUACUUUUUUUGCGGUUUCUUAGCUCAUAUUAAAAUGUCUAAAUAUUUGCAUGGAAAUAAAGAGAAAACCGCAGGUACAUUUGAAAGCAGCAGGACAUGACGUGAACCUGCCACCCAAGAAUCAUUGAGAUAUUUUUGGUGUCUUUUGAGGGCUUAUCUGAUGUCUAGCUCCUUAUUUUGAUUGUACUGUUUCUGGUUUCAGUUUCACACACUGCUGUCAUGCAUUUAGUCUUACAUGUGCUAUUUUUUAUACAUAUACAUAUGAAGUACAUAUGAAGUAGAUGUUUCUUCUAUUAUUAAAACAUUUUCACAAUGGUUAAACAUAUUUGUGUAAAUAGUACUUUCAUUAUGAAAGAUAACUAUUUUGUAUUGUUGAAGAAAAAUAUAUGACCCUAGUUUUUAAUGCCCUGAAAAAUGUAAAUAUGAAUUCAAUGCCUAUUAAUGUACAUACAUACAAAUGGCAGAGGAUACUAUGCCCGUUUUUUGGUUGGUUUGUUCUUUGCAUGUGUCUAUGUGGUAAAUGAUAAUCUAUCUUGCGCCGUGUUGUGUAAUACUGUCUGACUCUCCUCACUGCUGCCUGUUGCAUGCAGACGCAUGGGAACUACCUGUGUAUCCCUACUGGUGAUGGGGCAAAAUGUCAAGUCUUAAAAUAGGUAUUUUUAUCACAGAGAGAGGGUCAUUUAGAACAUGAACAGUCCCUAAAUAACCACAGACUGCUGAGCAAGUGGAGAAAAUGUGUGAAAAUAAAACGUGCAUUGAAUAUUUUAGAUUUUUAUUUUCUGUUACUGGUUGACGACAGAGCUCGGAUGGAUGGCGCUUGAGGGUUUUAGCGGAUGAAUGAAGUACAAUCAUCAUUGUGCAUCGUGCAUCUGAAACAUGCAUUUGUAGCAAAAAGAUGUGUUUCGUUUUUCCAUGUGACAACCUGAAACAUUAUUUCAUUUUUUAGGUUUGAAUUUUUUUGGUGUUCAUUUGCACUGAUAUCUCCAAAAUAAAGUACUAAAAUGCU